UACCUUAAUAAAAGAAACUAAAGUUUUAUUCUGAAAAAGUAGCAAAAUGUUUUCAAAUUUCCCGCGUCGCAACAUGGUAUGCAUUCAAGCGUAUUUCAAAAAUGUUUUCAUAAAUUAACUACUAAUGGUAAGCAAACUUGCAUAAUUGUAUGUGAAUAAUUCCGUCAGGUGCAUAAUCCUGAAGUACUUAAUGCCGGGACUGAGUGUACUUCCCUUACUAUUCAUUCAAAUAUUUAUUAGCGUCAUACAAAUAUUUUUUGUACAAAUUAUACGCAAUGUAAAAUUUCAUUUGGUGGCUAAUUCUACCCCGGUCUCCCUUAAGUGUUAUAAAUUCAAUUGGAAAUCCAAUUCUUUACAUACUUCUGUUAAAUUUUUUAAUUGAUUUUUUUUCAUAUUAUCUUUUGGUGUUCUUUGGGUAUUGCGAAAAUUUUCCUAGGUUCUAUUGAACAGUUUCCAACGAUGGAAAUGUACUUGGUAAAAAAAACAUUUUAUAAAGUCAACAUUUAUUCCUAGUAAAACUGAUUCUGUAUUGUUGACAUUGUCUAAAAUAGUCAAUCUUCAAAUACUUCCUGUUCCAUCGCGAUUUUUUUUAAUGAAUAACUAAUGAAAUUCUCUCUGAAUACAUGUCCAAUUUACAUUCAAUUCAUCCACCGAAGUGGUAAAAACCGGAGAACAAAUAUUUAAAAAAAAAUGCGUUCUUUUCAUCUUUUGAGGUACGAAUUUGCAAAAAGAGAAUUUUUUAUUUGGUUCUGAUCAAGCACACGCUAGAAAUAUGUUAUAAAAUUUUCUGUUUGGACGUUUAUCUAAUUAUUUUACUUAAUAGAAAUAGCAUUUUCGUUAUAAUAUUAUAAAAGCUCAGGUGAGUGAAGCUUUUGAUCAACAAGUGGAUAAACCUAUCUCGGCUAUGGAUUGCACUGUGACCUAAUGGGCUGAAAUUUGAUGUUCAAAAGACUCACACCAUGGCAGAAAUACCUGGUGGAAGGAGAAGAAUCAGGUGAGAGUGGGAAUAUCUCGCAGUAGAUCGUGUUUCACAUGCAAUUUUCGGAGGGGGCCAGGUGAAUGGUACCCCAAACACAAACUUCUUGGUUGGAAACAUAAGAGUUGGCUUGACGAUGUGUUUUAGUAUGAAUCCGGCAUUCGAGCGCGAAAGUUGAAAUGAGUCCCAAUACUACAAAUUCCACCGUUGAAUUAGUUUUACGCGACACACAAUCCACUGACACCAUCAAUCGGCAAGUUUAAACCACUCUUCCUCUCUCAAAUGCACACGAGCCUCCCAUUAAAAUUAUUCACGUGAUUUUCAGUGGAGUUUCGCAAGCUGAAGACAAGAUAGGAUGGCAGUUUUGGAAGAAAAGACGCUACCUUCUGGUCUUCCUGAUUUCCUUUGGCUUCUUCAAUGCCUACGCCAUGAGGGUGAAUCUAAGUGUGGCAAUUGUGGCCAUGACUGAGGUCCGAACUGUCUCCCUGGACAAUGGUACAAUCAUUGAAGAGCAGGACUUCUCCUGGGACUCCAAGGAUCAAGGUCUCGUCCUCAGCUCCUUCUAUUACGGAUACAUAUGGACACAGAUACUGGGAGGAGUUCUAGCAUCGAAAUUCGGUGGACAUCACGUUCUUGGCUUUGGAAUAGGCGCUACAGCUAUCCUAACUCUAUUAACUCCCUUAGCAACAAAUAUCAGCAUCACUGGACUUGUAGUAGUUCGAAUUCUUGAAGGUUUUUUCGAGGGAACAACAUACCCUGCAGUCCAGUCCUUGCUGUCUCGAUGGGCUCCAGUUUAUGAGAGAUCCCGUAUGUCUUCAAUUGGUUACAUCGGAAACUACGUAGGGGUGUUUGUAUCCCUUCCAGUGUCCGGAUACCUCACAGUCCAAUUCGGCUGGGAAAGUGUAUUUUAUUUCUUUGGAGUAAUUGGAUGUAUUUGGCUGGUGAUGUGGAUGUGUAUUGUUAGGGCUGGUCCUGAACUAGAUCCCUACAUUUCUGAAAAGGAGAAGAACUACAUACAACAGAGUAUAGGGGAGGCUACCAGUGAAAGGGAUCGUAUGGAUAUUCCAUGGAAAGCUUUAUUUACUUCAUCUGCUGUUUGGGCAAUUGUUGCAUCGAAUAGUGGAGAGACUUGGGGUACUUACACCCUACUUACUCAACUACCCACCUUCCUUAAAGAUGCUAUGAACUUCCACGUUGGAGCUACAGGAUUCAUCUCAGCUCUGCCGUAUUUGGCCAUGAGCUGCACACUUGUCUUCUCAGGGUUCCUUGCUGACAAACUUCAAGAGAGGGGUAUCCUGACCACAGUUCAAGUUCGACGGUACUUUAACUGUUCGGCCUACAUCCUCGAAAUGAUCUUCAUUCUCCUCACUGCACACAUCCUCAAUCCAAUUGCUUGCAUAGCUUGUGUAACCAUUGCAGUGGGAUUCAAUGCAUUUGCUCUUUCCGGAUUUCCGGUGAAUCCUUUGGACCUAGCUCCAAACUACGCUUCAAUUAUCUGGGGAAUUUCUAAUACAAUCUCCACAAUUCCUGGGAUCCUUAGUCCCCUUAUCACAGGAUUCAUCGUAACAGAUAAAAGCCGAGAACAAUGGCAAAUUGUCUUCUACAUCGCAGCAGGAGUUUACUUGACAUCAAGCCUGAUUUAUUGGUUUUUCGCAAAGGCGGAAUUGCAGCCCUGGGCUCAUAAGAACUCUUCAGAUAAUUCCGAAGAUAAAGCUCCCCAGUCCGCUGAUUUGUCAAGGAAAUUUUAAAAUAAUUGUACAGCAUAUUUAUCAAUUAAAUUCGUGUUGUUUCCAA